GCAUAAUCCACGCUUUAGCUAUCAGUUUUCCAUGUUAAUUUUAAAAAGGGUUCAAACUGAAGAAGAGAAAUGACGACGACCAUGAAGAGGUUAGCAAGAAAACUCGACAACUAUAUCCCAAAUUCCGACAACGACGACAAUCUUCUCUCUACCAUUGACGAUUCUCGCCCAAUCGAUACUCAAGAACAAGAAGAGCUCGUUCGAUCCCUUGAAAAAAUCCAUUCUCAGCAAAGUCGAUUAUGGAGAAAUGUAUUUGCGGCAUUGAUGUCGUGUUACAUAGCAUUUCUUCUGUUCUCGAUAUUCCACCAGUUUGCUUAUCCAUGGGACUUGCGUUUCCAUGCUUACUUUAUGGAGGACAUUGAUUCAUGGCUUAUCAUACUUUCAGAUUGGUUAGCUAUUAUCGCGUGUUUAACAGCCAUACUAGGGCUCAUGAAGAGUUCAGAGCACCACAGACAGUGGAUAUGGUAUGCAUUCUUUGGUGGGAUAAUACUUGCUGUCUUCUGGCUAUAUUACAUGCUUAGAUUGCCAAGGUUUCGAUGGGAUGUCGUUUGGCUUCCGUUUGGUCCUCUAAGUGCAACUGGAGUAUGCCUUUACGUGGAUCAUCUACUUCGGGAAUCUUCAGAAGAAGUUCGAAAGCUUAGAAGUUACAUGUGAAAAGAUAUUCUAGAUUAUUCAGGAUAUGAUAUACCAAAGAUGAAAAGAUGAGAAUGAAGUUAAAGAAAAACAAAUUAUAAGCCAGCUAAACUAUUAUGCAUAUCGACAUAGAACGCCCCAAACAGUAGCACUGUAUGACUGCAUCAGUAUCAUGCUUAAAGCAUGGCACACAAUCAUGAUGAUGCGGAAGAUCAACUUCAAUGGAGAGAAGAACCAAAAUUCAUGAGCAAAAUUGUAAGUCGAUACACGUUUUAAGUUUGAAGCAUAGGUAACAAAACAAAAUAAAAAAUCCGCUAUUGUUCAGAACAAUCUUAAAAAGUAACAAAGUCAAACUAUCUAGUUUUUGCUUAAUCUUCAUCUUCGAUGACCUUGGUACCAAGACCCUUCAAACCCUCGGCAGGAA